AUGCCUUGGUUUUUGAAGAAGCGGUGGCUCGACGUCGAGGGGACCCAUGUCACUGUGGACGUUCGUGGCAUUUGGAAUUCGGACGUCAAGGCACGAGAGUCCUGCCCUCCAGGAAACCCGCUGGUCAAGCUGGCGACGUUCAAUGGGCCGUUCAGCCAGCCGGAGUACCAGCCGUGCUUCGAGCUCCUUUGCCCGAUUGUCGAGGCCUUGUCGAAGAUCGAUGGUCGUUCGAUCCUGCAGAUCAUCUGCUCACACGGCCGCAAUCGGUCUGCGACACUCGGCGUGGGUUUGUCGGCGGUCUACGACAUUCCGGUGUGGCUUCCGACUUUCGGGGGCCUUCAGAAGGAAUGGUGGGCGAUCGCGAAGUUGCCGGACGACGUCAUGGGGUCGCUCAGGCAGUACCAGGCGGUCGCUCGUGGCCCCGUGCCGCCGCCUACGGCCCCGCCGUUCGACGGUGCCGGCCGCGACUACGGCCACGGCGUCUUCGAUCCCAAUGGCUUGGAGGGGUCGAUGCCGUCGGUCGGGAAUGCGGUCCUCGAUGCCGUUCGUUUGGACGUUUGGAAAGUGGCACCGUCGGUCCUCAUCGAACUGGACCAGCUCCAAAUCGACGAGCGUUGCAUGCGGUCGGUCGCGAACCUGGCCGGCCACAGUGACGAUGGGGCGAAGUUCGUGCGGGAGCUCUUCCAGGUCAUUCAGCGCGAGAACUCCGACCGCUCGCAGUACGACAACCCGGCGGCCGCCAUCACCUCGGCCGUUCGUAAGGAGCUGGACCGCCUUCGCCCAAACAUUCCAGGACUGCCGGGCAGCAGCGGCGACCGCCCUCCGGCGAACCUCGGGCCACAUGCUCGGGCGGUCAAUCGAGGGACUCCACCUGGUCCGCCGCCCCGAGAUUUCGUGGACGAUCGCCGUCCUUUCUACGACGAUCGUCAGUUCUACGACGAUCGUCGUGGCUAUGCUCCGGACGAUCGUCGUUAUGAUCCUCGGGACGAUCGCCGCUAUGGCCCUCCUCCGGACGAUCGCCGUGACGAUCGUUACGACGAUCGCGAUCGUCGUCCCUAUGGCCCACCGGACGAUCGCCGUGACGAUCGUUGGGCGAACUAUCGCCCCCCGGGCCGCCGCCACUACGAGGAUGACGAGCGGCUCUCGGACCCGGGGCACCCCAGUCGUCCGGCGCCUCACUGGCUGGACCGUCGUGGCGAGCCCGCACCAGGGCCACAUGAUCGUUGCUCCACCAUUUUGCCACAGCGGCCGUUCGUGGAGCCAAAUUUUGGCGACAACCGGGUGCUGGGCCGUUCGAUGUCGAAGCAGGCCGGUUCUGGAGAAGCGGUGGGACGAUCGUGCGGGGCGAUUCCCGUCGUUGAGGUCGCUCGCAAGGCCGGUUUUGGUCGGAAUCCUUCAGAUGUCAAUGUCACUGCUGUGCCAGUGAUCGAUGAGAAGGCGGCCGUCCGGAGGAGGCAGAAGGAAGAGAAGCUCGCCAAGCGUAACGAGAAGACCUUCGCCAAGAGCUUGGCCAACUUCCACGAGUCGUCGUUCGAGCGAGCCAGGGCGUUCGUCGACAGCCAGCUCGACGAUAACCCGGCUUGGAUCCGCCCUCUGGCGGAUCUAAUCCGGGAUGGCGCCCUCCAAGCCUUGCUGAAGUCUCCCGGGGCGACCGGCGAUCAGUCAGGCAGAUCGGCGGGUCCAGAGAAAUGGGUCGGGAAGGCCAAGUCGUUCGGCGAGUUGCCCGACGAAGUCAAGGUCUUCAUGCUCGAGGCCAUCGGCGUGCGAAUGUCCGAGACGGGGGUUCCGGCGGACGUUCUGAACGGCUUCUUCUCGAUUCAGUUCUUCGUCCACGAGGACGUCCCAUUGCCUGCAGGGUCUAGGUCGUUCGAGGUCUUGGAGAAGCUGGCCAAGGAGCGGUUCGCUGCCUUGAACAACCACAAGGUGGCCCCGUCCGUCGACAAGGACUUCGACGGCAACUGCUGGGCACUCGACGACGGUUCCGUGACUUUCGCCCUGACCGGCGACGUUCAGAAGCUCCCUGCCCUCUCGGAGAAGGACGUUUGGGUUUUGGACCAUCAGGACUGCCCAUGCGGCCGAGUCUACUCGCAGGCCAACCCAGCAGUGGCGUUCGAGUGCCGGACGUUGUUCCCGGAUGUUCGGGAGAUUGAUCCGAAAGCCAAGUGGGCGUUGAAGAAGGCCAAGAAGGACUGCCGUUCUCCGUCCAUCAUGGCGGCGGCCCAACAGGCAAGGGCCGUUGGAGCAAGCGACGUUCGAGAAGCACCGGCGGAUGGAGACAGGGACGUGCGAGCUGUGGUUCUCCCCUGCGGCAAGAAGGGGUCCUUCAAGGGCGAGGUGUACCAGUUUCGCCGGCCCAUCGCGGCGGCGGAUGGCCGCUCGAAUCCAGGAGUGUUUUUCUGGAUCUUCCGGUGGAUCCUUGACUUUUUGGGCGGCACUCAGAGUCACAACUUCGGCGGCCGCAGUCGCGACGUCAUCGCCUCCCGUACGUCGUCCGUUCUGGCCGACGGCCUGUCGUCCUCCGAGGACGAGGCGAUGGUGGAUGGCGAAGAGGCCGAGGACAUUCUGCCUUCUGCGGAACAGCACAUGACUGCAUCAUCCAUGAUGACUCGCAUCCAGCAGGUCCAGGAUCAGAACAAGGGGUCAAAGAGGACCUCGCAGGACGAGUUGAAGGGCGAGGUCAAGGGCGAGGUCAAAGGCGAAGUGAAGGAAGAGGGCCAAGCCGACGAGGUCGACGAGGACGGUCCUCUCCAGAGAGGUGACUUCAGCCUCUCGUCGUUCGCUUGUCUUUGUUGGCUGGCCCAGCUGAUGUCCAAGGGCACCCGGGCGAAUGCGAAGUGGAACUUGGAUUCAGCCGAGAUCCAGGCCAGGGCAGAGGCCCUUCUCUGUGGCAUGCGGGACUGUUUCUGGCAGGACGUUCGGAAAGGCCACUUCGUCGUGGUCGAGGGCGACUUGUCGGUCGAGACCCUCGUCACCGCGAAGGUGGGUCAGAUGGCAGCAAAAAUUUUUGCCAAGCGAAAGACCGUGCCAGUCGUAGAGGCUUUGAAGAUCUUACAACAGGAUGCCGGUCGAAGGAGCCUCUCUGGCGACCGUCGGCGUGUGGCCGAGAAGAUCUUCAGUCGCUUGGUCCGGGCACUCGCAGAUGCCAUCGACGACUCUGCAGGAAAGACAGUCUGGACGGCCAAUCGAGUGGAAUCCUUGGACCAGCUGAGGACUGCCAGGGGCUAUCGCAAGGCCUCACAUGGCUGCCAGGAGGCCGUUCUGCAAGCUGGUUCGGAGGCAGGUCCCUCGAUAGCAGCGGCUCUUCAGGCCCAGUCGCACUUCGCCUCUUCGGCGACCGGGGAGCAGCAGGGCAAGCGAAACAAGGACCGACCCGGGAAGUUCUUGGAGGCGGAACGUCUCUCGUACGUGGCCGCAGGUCGGCAGACGUUUGCGGCAACUCGGGUCCUCAGCGUCGUCGCCGAUGCCGUUCACGUGGGCCAGGAGGACUGGUUGAACGUCUUUCUGUGCGACACCGAGCAGGACUUGUCCUUCGUGUGCCCCCAGCAGGUCAAGAAGGGGACGGCCAUCACCUCGGAGGCUUGGACAGACAUGUGGCAAGGCCGCUUGACGAGCUUUUUCCGGAAAGUUGGCACGAAGGGUCGCUCGGCGGACAAGGCCACCGGUGGGGUCAGGCAGCCUGAACGGCAGGCCACUCAGGAGUGGCUUCGCGACCUCUCGCACAGCCUCGCGGUCGUUGGGUGGUCCUGGUCGUGCUGCCGGAGGACGACCGACGAGGCCAGGCCGUUCGUCUUGGUCCUUUGCACGGACCAAGAGGCCACUCAGCUGGCAGCCGCCAACUACCUGUCGUUCGGCCGGCAGUUGUUCGUGCAGCACGUGCCCGACCCGGCCCACCGCUCGCACAACGACGUUCACCUGGCCAUGGCAGCGGCCGGGCUCUUGACGUUCAGCAUCGUGUCCAUCGGGCUGUACAACGUUCGCUAUGGCCCCUGGAAUAAGGGGACGUGGUUCGGGAAGGUCCAGACCAUGGCCGACGAGAUGAGCCGCUCGAUGUCGCCGUCGGACCCGCUGCUCCUCGCCUUCUUCCCGGACAUUCUCGCCGACCAGGGCCGUUCGCAGGACGAGAACACGGAGGAGUCGCGACGUGCCUUUCUCGAGUCGCUGCCGAACAGGUCGUUCGUCAGGAGCAAAGGCAGCAAGGCCUCUCAGUCCAGGUUCAACAGCCUCAGCACGGCCCAUGCCGAGCUCGACAGGGACUGGUCGGCGUUCUGCCUCGUCCUCGUGGUCAUUUGCGUGGCGGAAGGCUGGGCCAAGUCUGCGGCCGACCUUUGGACUCCCCAGAGUGAGGUCGCCGAGAGUGCGGGCUCGUCCAGGGCUGCUGCCAAGUCCGCCGCUCGAAAGGCCUUGCAGAAGCAGCGAGGCCGUUCGGUGAACACUCUGCAUGGCAUGACGAUGUUCGCUUGCAACCCGGACAACAAGUCGCUCGCCCGGACAGUGUUUUUCGUCCUUGGGCCAGAGGGCGUUCGCUGCUCCAAGAUGCUCGAGGACUUGCGAUCGGCGGAAGCGACAGUCAAGCAGUACUCCGAGUGGGCACACUGGGAGUACAUGACGGUCGCUCACGAACACGUGGCCAAGCUGUCCAAUCUCGCCGCUCUGCAGCGGAUUGGAUUGGACAUGUCCAUGCUGCUGCCGGAGGAGGAAGCUCGAGAGGCGGCCGUCACCUGGCAGGAUGCUGUGGCUCGCAGGGUCGUUCGUCUCACACAGCGGCUUCUUCGGUACCGGUGCGGCAGCCAGCUGCCUGCGACGAACGGUUGGGGGUCCACGGCUGGCCUUCUGCACCAGUCGACGGAGGCACGGCGUGCGAGCUUGAGCUUCCUCGCAGACGUGGACAAGACGGUGCAGGCUGUUCAAAAGGAAGGGUCCCUCGAGGCCAAGCUGCUGCUCGAAGGCCACCCGGCCACGGGGCCAGUCAUGGCUUUGGUGCUGUCCGAGCUGCGAGCAGAGUCGUUCGUUGAGGUUGCUGCGGACACCUUGGCCUUUUUGCGUCGUUUGUGGUCCGGCCUCUUGAACAGCAAAUUGGUCGAAGAUGCAAACAAAGUGCAGCGUGAAGCAGAGCAGAGGAACGGGACGUCCAAGACCAUCGGCCGCUUGGAAGGGUGGCAUGGGCUUACGAGGAAAAAGUUGCUCGAGGCGGGCUACAAGAGGCCAGAGGUUGCCUGCGGUGCCAUGUCCGUCGUUCCCACGAAGUUCGAACCGGACCAAUGGUUCCAACGGCCCAAGCGACUCCGUAUGGCCGACAGUUUGGCCUCGGCGUCUACUGCUUCGACUGUCGAGGAGGUGAGCGACCAGUCUCUCGAAGAGGACAUUCUCAAGGGCGUCAGCCUCGCGAAGACUUGGGCCUCGCACACACCCGAGUCGGAGCAAGACAGGCUUGCCAGCUUCUCGCUCUUGACCAAGGUUGUCAAGCAGGGCAUGGAUUGGACGUUCGUGGAGCAAGGCUGGUGGGCGUCCUUCGCGCCCGAAGGCCACGGACUGCUGUUUCCAGGGAUGCCGCCGUGCUACGUGGUUCGCAGCUACAAGCGUGCAGCUCUCGUUUGGCCGGCCAAGCUGGAGAAGCUGGCCGAAUGCGAGGAGAUGCUGGUGCUGGACCCGGAGGCCCCUUCGCUGUGCUGGCUGCACUUGUACAACGACGAAGUGGAGGUUCUGGACCUCGUUGCGACCUCCCCGCAGCGUGGCCUGUCGCACUUUUAUUUGAGGACAUCCCAAUUCACGAAAGCUUUUAUUGGUCUGCGGCUGCUCGGUGAGACUCGGCCUCUCGGAGUGGCCCUUCGUGUGCAAGCCAAAAGGCCGCUGCUCCGCCACCACGAGGUCUACGGCUUCGCAGGCGUGGCCGAGUGGGGCCUGCGACGUCUGGUCCAGAGCAAGGGCUGGUCGCUCGAGGCCUCGGACGAAGCCGGCCACGAGGAGGACGACCGACUGGCUGUUGCCUGCUUGCUCUCCUUGGAGGCCAGUCUGACCAAGGACGAAGUCGUCGCCCGAAUCCUGUUUCGGCAGGAUGCGGCGACGUGGGCAGGCGAGUAUGGCGAGCUGGACCUCGCGGAGGUCGUUCGGGACACGAUGCUGUCGGCGGACCAGGAGGUGGCCUUGCAGCAGAUCGCCAAGCGAAAGGCCACUCACCAGACAGCUGUUCAGGUUCGCCAGCGAGUGUCCAAAACCUUCGACUACGUGUCUAAGAAGUUCGCCAGCAGGCCUGAAUUCAAGAAGGCUGCGGCAGCUCGAAAGGCCAAGGAGAAGAAGGCCGAGCAGAAGAAGAAGGAGCAGGCCACCGAGAUCAAACGUUGCUAUGCCCUCGUGAGCUCGGACGUGGACAAAGCUGUCAAGGCCGCCGUGCCUGCCGCCGUUCGGGUCUACACGGACCCUCCCAAUGGGCGGUGGAAGCUCAGCUACAGCACGGCGUGGGCGUGUGCGAGCCGGUCCAUUUCGUGGACAGCCAUCGGCAGCAAAGCUGGCGGGGCAGAAGUCCUUCGGCAAGCUUGGUCUUGGGCCGAGACCUUCGACGGCCUCGACAUCACGGACGAAGCGGCCGCGAUGUUGCAGAAGCUCGGCCAGAUCGAGCACGACUUCCAGCUGGUGGAGCUCCGCACACACGAAGCACGAGGACUUGCACGUUUCGUAGUUGUGUUUCUCAAGCGUUUUUUUGCCUUGGUAGCGAUGGGUCGAGCGACUUUGGCCGAAACCGGCGGCGUGAGGCCUGCCAGCGCCUAUGCUCUCUUUUGCAGCUGGGUCGCUCGCGAGGGGCUCUCGUCCGAUCGGGCGGCCAGGUUUCGCAUCCGUGGAAAGCGUAUGGUGCGGAAUGGGCCGGCCAUCCAGAAAAAGUGGCGCCACAAGAAAAGCAAGGACCUUCGGGACCACUUCACGGCCCAAGCAAAAAAGGCCUACGAGGACAACCGUGCCAAGGCAGAGGCCUUCAGGACGGCCCAAAGCCGGGAACUUUUGCCAAGCGAACCUCUUGCAGACGAGGAGGCCGUGGCUGUCGAACUCGAGGCCGACCGUGCGAGGACGGAGCUGUUCAACGACUCCUGGACCUGGACACUCGGAGUGGCCGUUCGCGACCUGACAGAGGUGAGCAGUGGGGUCAGCGGCCGGGUCUUCGUCGGGUCCUUCGCAGGCCAGCCGGUGGCCCUCAAGGUGGCCUUGGGUCGGGGAUUGCGAGAUCCCAUGCAGAGGGCGGCCGCUGGUGGGCUGGACGUGGCAGAGGAGUUCGCCAUCUUGGGGGCGCUCGGACAGCACCCCAACGUGGUUCGGGCCUUCGGCGUUCUGACGAGCUCUCUCGGAAAAACCGCUUUGCUCCUCGAGAGGGCGCCCGAGAGCCUGCACGACAUGGCCUGCCGGCUCCAGGCCGACCGACUGGAAACUUCGCCGGCCGGGAAGGGCUCUCUGCUGCAGCUCUUCCAGCAGUUCCUCCUUGGCCUGUCGUUCGUGCACGGCCGUUCGAUUCUGCACUUGGAUGUCAAGCCCAAGAACAUCCUGGUCUUCGACGGCGUUCGUGCAGCACUGGCGGACUUCGGGCAUUCGGAGUCUGCUUCGGACGGUGCCUGCUCGGUCGUCGGCGAUCGCGUCUACACCGAGGCCUUUCGAUGCUCGGAGUGCCUGAUGGCAGGCGAUCGGAAGGUCAGGGUGACGUUCGCCGGCGACGUCUGGGCAGCCGCCGUCUCGUUGUUCGAGAUCUGCUCACCUGCAAAAGCCUCGCUGUGGACGGUCUCUCCCAAGACGUUCGUGCGGGAGACGGAGGAGCAGACAGCUCAGGCCAUUCGAGAGAUGGCCAUCGCAAAGAGUGCCAAGGUGAUGCCGUUCAAUCAGAACAUGGUGGACGUUCUGGAGAAGGUCUUCCUACCGGCCAGCCGAAGACUGUCGUUGUCGGGCAUGCUUCAGAGCAUCCAAAGAGACCGACGAGCACUCGGCCAGGUGUCUUUCUUCGAGCAGCUGUCAUCCGAGGUCCAUAGUCGUUUCGAGCAAGUCGGCGCCGACUUCAAAGAGCUCGAAUCCAGGCUCCAGUCUCAGAUGGCGGCGCGGCAACUCGAGCUGGCCGAGGGUUUGGAAGGCGAGCUGGCGACCCUCCAUUCAAAGCUGGCACAGGGUCGCUUGGAGCAAAUCUUGGAAUUGGAGACGAGGCUCCGCACGGAGAUCCUCUCGACGAAGGAGGAGCUCCUGUCCCACUUCGAAGGCGAGUUUGGAGCUUUGCAGCCGCAGCUGGCCGGAUUCGCUCAGUCAUCUGCUUGUGAGGCGGUCGCCUCCAGAGUGGAGGAAGUGUCCUCCUCCUUGGAUGCUCUGUGGCACGAGUGUGACCUGCAGAUAGCGCAGAAAAUCCUGGCGAUGUCUCCGAAGGCGACUGCAUCACCCGCUGCCGAGGGUGAGGCGUCACCGGCGAGCUCCGUGGCAAAGCUUCAGGAGCUCAAAGACCGAGUGGACCGCUUGGAAGGGCACAGCGCGGGCCAAGCAGAGGAGUUGGCCAGACUUGCGCGGCAGCAGCUCCGCUUUGAGGCAACGGCGGAGUCCUUGGAGGUCAAGCUCGUGACCACUGGGGAGGCUCUUCGAACACUUGGCUCGUCCGACUCUACCCGACAGCUCAGAGCCGAAAUUGAGGCACUGCGGAGGGGCUUCGUCCAGGAGGGCCAGGAGAGAGAUGACCAGAUCGCCGCGACGCGUGCCGAUCUGUUUGAGCACCGCCGGCUGGUCACCGAUCGGCUGGCCACAGCAGAUCGAGAGCAGCGAAUGGAAGGUAAACUCGGACGUGAGUACAUUCCCGCCCUCCUGAAGAAACACUACGAGAACCACGUGCACAUCGCCGACGACAUUCGAGGUGUUCGGCAGCGCAACCCCGCAGAAGACUGGCAAGACGGUGGCGACAAUCAAAGCCAUAGAUCGCGGUCGACGUCGCGUGGCCGCGAGCCGAUCGCACUCGAAGCGUGUGCGAGGAGUGCAGCUCAAGCCCUGUACCUGAACUCCUUGCAGGGGUCUGGGUAG